AUUGUCAAAAUUUUUGAGAAGUCUCUUACGUCAGGUUGAUCUCAUCGAAAUUAAUGUGAAUUUCGAGAAGAAAUUGCAUGCAAAUCACUGUAAAUCAAUAAAUCCUCAUCGUAUAAUAAGGUGUCUAAAGUUAUAAGUCGGAAAAGUUCAAAUAACGCGCAAACUUUGAACUCGCAGUAAAUUUGUGUUUAAAAGUCGAGUAAAAUAUUGAGAUUUCUACGUUUAAUUCUAUUUUUACUGGAAAAAGUGCAAAACUUAUAUUUUUAUAGUUUAAAUUGAAGAAGGAAGAUCCCCCAGCAAGACAUUAUUUAUAUUGUGCAUUUAUUACACUAUUUUACCUGAAUCUAAUAUUAAUAUGGCUUACAAUCAUAUUCGAGUUUAUGCAAGAAUUAAAAAAGAAAAUCAAAUGGCUCAUUCAUCACGAUACGAAUUAAUAUCAGAUUGUCCAGAUGGUUAUGACUCCUUGCAAACGUAUUACGGCGGUCAAAAUUUCAAACGAAAACGACGCGUUUUUAAGUUUGACAAAGUUUUUGAACCACAUUCUUCCCAAGACGAUAUUUUCAACAUAAUUGCAAAACCUAUUAUACACGAUGUGUUUUCCGGCAUCAACGCAACAAUUUUUGCAUACGGAGCGACUGGAAGCGGAAAAACUUACACAUUAACCGGUUCACAGACAAAAUACGAAGAACGCGGACUUAUUCCUCGAACAAUCGAAUAUUUAUUUCAAUUGGUCACGAAUAAAAUGAGCAAUUACAUGUUCUUCAUAUCAUAUUUGGAGAUUUACAAUGAAAACGCGUAUGAUUUACUCAACCCGAAGCAAAAUAUAACGUGCAUAGAGGAAUUACCACGAGUCAUCGUGCUGGAGGACGCGAAAGGCGAGGCGCACUACAAAAACCUAUGCCUCAAAGAGGUGAACACCGAGAAGGAAGCCAUGCGUUUGCUCUAUACGGGUGACAAU